UGCACUAGGUGGUAGUGAAUAUUCAUUGUUGGUGAGGAAGCAUAGGAUGUUAGAAUCUUUAGCAUACUGACAGUUGCAUAAGAAAAUUUGUAACAAAACAUGGUAAUAAUAUUGGACUUAGCCUAAAUCAAUGUUAAGCAUGAAUUUAUUUGAUUAAUUUUUUUAUCAUGUCAAGUUGGAACCCGUUAUCGUCAAGAAGACGCACGAGUGGUGGUGGAAGGGCACCUUUGAAACUUCCUUCAUUUGAUGGGGAUGAAGCAGAAUUGAAUAGUUAUAUCAAUAAACUUGUCAAUCUGGAAGAUUGCGUUAAGAAGUUAUCAAAAGAUGCAAAAAAGUUUAGUGAUUUAACACUGAGUGUCAAUAGAUGUGAGAAAAAGAUGACAGCAGAUUUGUCAAACUCCAGUUUAUGCCAACAAGAUGAAGAACUUCGAAAAUUAGUGGAGGAGUGGCAUUCAUUUAAUUGUGGAGCAGAUGAAGCAUCUCAAGAAUUAGUAAUGUUGGUUCACAAAACCGUAGUUGAACCAGUUAAAAGGUUUUCUGGUGUGUUUUCAGAAGUACGAGUGGCUACUCGCAAAAGAGACCAAACUCUUCGAAUCUGUAUGAAGAAUAAAGAAAAAGUUCAAUCUUUGCAAGAGAAAGAGUUUAAAACUGCUCAAUAUGUAGUGAAGUUGGAACAUUCUAAAAUAGAUUUAGAAAACAUGUUUCUAGAUUACAAAAGACAAGUUGCAUCUUUGAAAGAGGAAAUACCACAGGUAUAUGAUGGAAGAAUUGACUUUUUCCAGCCAUGUCUAGAAGCACUGAUAAAAUCAGAAAUCAGUUUUUGGGGUGAUGAGACAAGAUUAUUCAACAGCCUUAUGGACACUUGCAAGCAACAGAGAGAAAGAAAGUUAAAUUCAGAAGAACAACAGCAGAAAAGAUUUGCUUCUCUUCAGGCCCUGUCAAUUGUUGGAACUGAGUAAUAAUGACUUUUCCUGUUUUGUUAUUUUUCUUCCCUAAGUGUAUAUAGUUGAUUAAGAGUUCAGAUUGAAUGUUGCAUUGAUUUCUUGGUAUGUGUAUCCUUCCUUAAAAAAGUCAGCUUUUUUUACUGUUGGUAAAAAAUAUUUUGUCUGAUGGGUUGAUGUCAUUUACUGUGGCAGUUUAAGAUUCUUACCAUCAAUUUCUGUGAAAUUGGUAAGUAUUAUUUAAAUAGAGUAUAUUAAUACAACUAUAAUCUGAACAUAAAAAAUAAAGGCAUUUCAUUGUU